AUAAUUUCAUGGUUUGAGACUAUAAAAUACUGCUGUCAACUUUACACAUUAAACUCAUCACCCGAAUCUCUUCAACAAUGUCCAAUUCCUUCCCUCUCUACCAAAAAUUGGCCAUCAAAAAACCCAUACAAAGAUCUGUUGAACUUCUCAUUUUGAUUCUCGCCAUUUCCCUUCUUCUUUACCGUCUCCUUUACCUCCAAUCCCAUGCCCUCCUUUCGCUUCUCGCCUUCUUCUCCGAACUCUGUUUCACCUUCGACUGGUUUCUCUACCUUCUUUUAAAUUGGAAUCCCGUCGACUACAAAACAUACCCUCAACACUUCAAACAAGUUCAUGAGGUUCCUGCGGUGGACGUGUUGGUGACGACUGCGGAUUGGAAGCUUGAGCCGUCGGUUAUGGUGGCCAACACAGUGUUGUCUCUGUUGGCCGUAGAUUAUCCGGCUGGAAAACUUACUUGCUAUAUCUCCGACGAUGGGGGAUCUCCGGUUUUGCUAUACGCUCUUGUUGAAGCCUCGAAUUUUGCUAGAAUUUGGGUUCCUUUCUGUAAGAAGUAUAACGUCCAAGUUAGAGCUCCGUUUAGAUACUUCUCCGGUAAGUCUCCAUCCGCCGCCGGCCAUGAAUUCCAACAGGAGGAGAAGAGGAUGAAGGAUGAAUAUGAACGACUUCGUGAGAAGAUUGAAGCUGCGGAAGAGAACCCAAUGGUAUACGAAACUUCUAAAUACUAUGAAGCUUUUAGAAACACAGACAAGAAGAACCAUCCCACCAUUAUUAAGAUUUUAUUAGAAAACAAAGGGAAUGAUUCAAAUGGGAUACCAAAUUUGGUAUAUGUUGCAAGAGAAAAACGACCAAAUCAACCUCAUCACUACAAAGCUGGUGCUUUGAAUGUUUUGACUAGGGUAUCCGGUGUGAUGACAAAUGCACCAUUUAUAGUGAAUAUAGAUUGCGAUAUGUACGUCAACAACCCAAAUGUUGUGGUUGAGGCUAUGUGCAUUUUACUCGGAGCAGAAGAGCAAGAAAGCAUUUUCGUACAAUUCCCUCAAAUAUUUUACAAUCAACCCAAAGAUGAUCCAUUUGGUUGUCAACUCAAUACCCUCUUCCAAACAUUGUUACGUGGGAUGGCAGGAAUUCAAGGUCCUCUAUACUGUGGAUGUAAUUGCUUUCAUAGACGUAAAACCAUUUAUACCUUGAAUAGUUCACCGAAUAAAACAGGAAAAAUUGAGGAGAAUUAUGGAGAAUCGGAAGAGUUGACAAAGUCAGCCAAUGAAAUAUUAAGAGGGGUGCAAGCCAACGGACGUACUCACACGACCAUAGAUCUUUCUACUUCCAUCCAAUCCGCAUAUCAAGUAGCCAGCGCCGACUACGAAAAUAACACUGCCUGGGGUUUAAAGGUGGGUUGGCUUUAUGAGUCAAUGACAGAAGACAUUCUGACCGGAAUAAAGAUCCAUUCAAAAGGGUGGAAGUCCGUAUUGUUGCAGCCAAACCCACCUGCGUUUUUGGGGUUGGCUCCCACUGGUGGUCCUGAUGCUCUUACCCAAAGAAAGAGAUGGGUAACAGGCAGUUUGGAGAUCAUGGUCCGUAAAAAUACUCCACUUUUAGCUUUUUUCUUAACCCGGCUCACCCUCAGACAAUGCUUAGCUUACACAUAUUUCUUAAUUAGAGGCCUCUACGCCAUUCCUCAAUUGGUUUAUGCCAUUCUUCCUGCCUAUGCUAUCCUCACCAACUCUCACUUCUUGCCUUCAGUCCAAGACACAGCUCUAUUGGCAACGUUUGUACCCAUGUUUAUCCUUUACCACUCCCAUUCAAUAUGUGUUUAUCUUCAAUGCGGCUUAUCAGUUCGUGCAUGGUGGAACAAUGUAAAGAUGGAAAUUAUCGCUACUACAAGUUCAUGUGUCUUUGGAAUUUUGAGCCUUGUUCUAAGGCUCUUUGGUAUUUCAGAAGCCGUGUUUGAAGUUACACCUAAAGGCCAAUCUAAUAAUAAUGUCGAUGAUGGCAACGUUGGAAAGUUUGUUUUUAAUGAAUCGCCACUAUUUAUCAUCGGUACAGCAAUGGUGCUAUUGCAGUUGAUGGCAUUGGGAUCGAAAUUGUUGGCCGGGAUAUUGCAACCACCAUCGUCUAGUGAUGGACGACGAGGGUCCGGGAUAGGGGAGAUUUUGGGUUGUGUGUGGGUCUUAAUGACUCUCUCACCCUUUUUGAGAGGGUUGUUUGCUAAAGGGAAAUAUGGGAUCCCUUUCCCCACCAUAUGUAAAUCGGCUUCUUUGAUACUGCUUUUUGUGCCCUUCUACAAAUGGCUUUGAAUUAGUUUCAUCAACUCUUUUUCUUUAAAUAAAACAUUGUUAUUGUUUGACAUUUUUGCUAAUCUUUUCUAAUAAAUUUCAAAAUUUUCUUUU